AUGGCGGUCAAGAAGCGACGGGGUCAAGGCAAGGCCGAGACGCCGCCGAGCAGCCAAGUGAGUACGACGAGCGAAGCAGGCGAGCGCGACGAGCCCUCGUUGCCACUGCCGCUGCGCAUGGCCCUGAUUGCCAUCACGUCCGUCUUGGCGGAGAAGGGCUGGCGCAACCGCGAGGUCGUGACCGUGUAUCUCUACAACGACAAGCAGACGUCGACGGAGCAAGCGAUGAUCUCUGUCUUUGCGUACAUUCUGCUCAUGGGCGCGCUCUUUGCCAGCGGAUUUCUACUGAGCAUCGUCACCAACAUGAUGAAACACGCGUACUUCCGCAAGGCCUAG